CGGGAUACCACAGGCUCAAAUGUGGGGAAGAUCUUGGCGGCCAUGCCAGUCGCACCUGCCACACAAGAUUUCACGUGGCAACUGUCUUUGCGUCACCGCUCCCGGCGUCCGUUGGGGGCCGGCCGUCAAGCGCGCUCUCUCUCUCUCUCGCCUGCCAUGGCUAUCGACCUGCAGCAACCGAACCUGACUCUCUGCGUGCGACGCCCCUCUGCAGCCGCGAAAUCGCCGGCCAUCGUCGUGGGCCGCAGUUCGCUCCCCAGCACUCUCCCGACGAACCACAUCGUGAUCAAAGUCGAGACGUUCGGUUUCUCCGCUAACAACGUGACGUACCAGGCGCUCGGAGAGCAGCCGCAUUUCCGGUACUUCGACUUCCACCCAGUGCCAGCUGACAUCGCUGGUUCCGUCGCUGCUCCUAAGACGCAUGGCCUCGUCCCCGUUUGGGGCUUUGGUACGGUAGUGGCUUCCGCUCAUGCCAAGAUUCCGGUGGGAGAGAGGGUGUACGGGUACUUUGCCCCGGCGAGAUACCUGGUCGUACCUGUGUCCCCGAACGACGUCAACAAGCAUGCAUUUUAUGUCCCGCGGCCGCAUCUUCCUGAAGGUACGUCUUUCAUCAUGCGCGUGGUCCUGGCCUCACCGCACCACAGAUAGGCGACCAUACAACCAGAUCAUCCGCUGUGCGACCGACCCGCAAUACUCGUCUUCUCCGCUGGACGAGGCUCUGACGAUGCUUUACCGCCCACUGUUCUGGACCGCGUUCUGGUUCGAGGACUGGAUGCACACGCUCAACUACCGCGGCGCCUCCGCGUUCCUCAUCUCCAGCGCGUCCGCGAAAACCGCCUUCUGCGCAGCGUACGUGAUCCGCAAACGUCGCGCGCGCGAGGGAGCGGACGUGCGCAUCGUCGGGCUCACCUCGGCCCGGAACCUCGCAUUCACGCAGGGGCUAGGGCUGUACGAUGCGGUGUUCACGUACGAGCAGCUGGCACACGUGGUGCCGCGCGAGCGGCGGUGGGUCUACGUCGACGUCGCGGGCAACGACGCGCUCAAUACCCGGCUGUUUGCGGAGUUCGCCGCCGAGGGGCGCAGGGAGAAGGGUAUAUGCGAGCUCGUGACGUCUGUCGCGCUGGGGAUGACGAAUUUGGCACCAGCAUCUGAACAGGCGGGGGCGUUCGACUGGGGUGCGAACACAGCUAAGGCUCCUCGCGAUGGGACGUCCGGGACGCGCAUGGAACAAUUCUUCAUGCCCGAGUGGCUGAGCGUGCGUAAGAACCAGCUCUCCUUGGAAGAGAUCUUCGAGCGCCAGCACCGCGCGUGGGCGGAUCUGAUGGUCGAUGGCAAGAACUGGGUCAAGAUUGUCCAUGUGUCAGGCGCAGAACGAGUGAAAAGUGCCUAUGAGCGUGUUGCGGAGGACGGCUUUUCUCCCGAUAUCGGGUUCAUUUGGAGCAUGUGGGACUCGAAGGAUGCGAAGUUGUAGAUACAUUACGGGCGUAGCUAUCUCAAAUUUUUACUCUUUGCAUGUUUCUUGUUCCCCAUCAUCCAUCAGCAGCCCCCGCCCGUCCGCCCCUAAUUUUAUGCUUUGAUUUUCGGUUGGCCGCGGAAAUCUAUUUGAGGCAUGGCAAACCUUUUACAAGCUGCAUUCUGGCAAAAAAUGUCGUAAAGGAGUGGGAUAGACAUUGGUUGCCUUGCUUGUCAAGGCUUCUCCAGACCCUUAAUUACGUAAAAUCAUAAAAAUUUGAUGAACCUGA